UCGUUUACCGCCUAUGAAGGUGGCACAUUAUAUAUUUCUUUGAUUUCUGUGGAAGAGUUUGAAAUUCAUACAGUCAGUAUUGGAGUCACGUUAUUUCUUUCAUUGCAUAAUUUAUUAAUUUUAAUUUAAUAAUUUGAUUCAAAUUUUAAUUUUGUUAAUUGAUACGUUUAUUAGUUAUAUAAUUUGAGUAAUUUUGUUUUAAAUCAACUUUAAAAAUGUUUUGGAGUAUAGUUUUAGAACCUGGUAAGAAAUACAGUACAGUUGUAGAAAACUCAUUUCGUUUGUCUAUGGCCACACUUGAUUUAAAAACAGUAAAGAAUUCUGAUGAUGUUCAUACAAUUUAUGUAGAAACUGAUAAUAACCCUCGAGUAAUUCUUUGCCACUUAUCAAAAGGGUCUAAGCUUUUUCAAUGUCCUUUAAAUCAUAUAUUCUUACAAGGAACUGAUUUAACAUUUGUUACUACUGCUUCAGCAAAUAUUCACCUAACAGGAUAUUUAGAAGUGUCUGAUGAAUUUGAUUCUGAUUUGGAAAGUGAUGAUGAUGUUGAGGACAAAGAAAUUGAAGAUUCUCCUGUUUUAAAAAAAAAUAAAAAAGAACAAGGAAAUAAGCGAAAAUUGGAGCAAAAUUCUCCCAAAAAAAUUAAAUCAAUGAAGUUAGAUGAUGACAAUGUAUCUGAUGAAGAUGACAGUGAUGAUGAAGUUAUGGACUUUGAAGAUGACAGUGAUGAUGAUGAAGGUUUAAAUGUCAGUGAUUUACUUGAUGACGAAGCUGAAGAAGAUUCUGAUGAUGAAGAUUUGGAUGAUGAGGAAGAAGAUGAUAGUGAAGAUGAAGAACCAAUUAAGAAAAAACCUAAAGCCGAUCAACAAAAAACACCAAAAAAACAAGCCAAUGGAAAUGAGCAAAAAACUCCAAAAAAAGACCAAAAAACACCUAAAAAUCAGAAGACUCCAUUACCAAAAACACCUGAUGCUAAUCAAUCAAUGUUAAAUGGUACAACAGAAAGCAGCAAGAAAAAAAAAAAUAAAGAACCCAAAACUCCUCUUGAUGGAAAAACUAAACCAGAUACUCCAUUGCCAAAAGAUAAACAAAAUCAACAGCAAAAAUUAAAUGGUGGGGUAAUAAUUCAAGAUUUAAAAGUUGGUGAUGGUGCUGUUGCAAAACCUGGAAAGAAUGUAAAAGUUUAUUACAUUGGUCGCUUGAAAUCAACUGGUAAAGUUUUUGAUUCUAUGCAAAAGGGAGCUGGAUUUCAAUUUGGAUUGCAACGUGGUGAAGUGAUUAAAGGUUGGGAUAUUGGUAUUGCUGGAAUGAAAGUUGGUGGAAAAAGAAAAGUUGUUUGUCCACCUCACAUGGCGUAUGGUGCUAAAGGAAGUCCACCAGAAAUUCCACCUAAUAGUACAUUAGUAUUUGAAGUUGAACUUAAACAUGUAAAUUAAGUUAAAUUAAUAUGUCAUUUAUUCUGACUGAUAUUCCUAAUAUAUUUGGGUGUUUUUCUUUUA